CCUGCUGUGUCAGUACGCUCCUCCUCAGCAGCCCCCCGCCUCUCUUCCCUCCCUUUGCCCCGCACUCCCUCCUCGUGUGACGCCUUGUAUCCUCGCUGUCUCUCCCGCCUGUCUCGGUGCUUACAUUUCUUGUCAUUAUAUCUCGGUCUCAGGCUCCGGACCUCGCACCCAGGAUGGGCCUCAGGUGAUAAACCGACAGGCCGCCGGAUCCAGCGGGCGGGGAACAGAGCUACCGGAGAGCGGGGAUCCCGGGCCUGACCGCCCGUACCGGGGGCCUUCACACCGGCAUUUGCCCGGUAUUUGGAAGUUUGGUGGACGGUUUGCUGAGGUUUGGGAGAAUGGAGAAUGGAGAGAAGAAGAUCAACAGGGGCGAGGAGGACGAAAUGGAGAUUUAUGGUUAUAAUCUGUGCCGUUGGAAACUGGCUCUAGUUGCUGUUGGUGUGAUCUGCACUGGUGGCUUCCUUCUCCUCCUCCUGUACUGGAUGCCUAAGUGGCGUGUGAAGGGAACAUGCACUCUGACAACACUGAAAGACUGUGACGUUGUGCUUCUGAGAACAACUGAUGAAUUUAGGCAGUGGUUUUGUGCAAAGGUUCGUAUUCGCUUGUCUCCAGGCACAGAUGUUUUUCAGACACCUGAAUCCAUGUUAGAUAAAGUUGCAAAUGGACACGCUGGACACCUUCCUGAGAGCCCCACUGAGCACAGUGAGGACUACCCCAUAAAUAAUGCACCUGUCCCAUUACAAGAGGUUCGUUAUUUUGUACACCAUAGUGUGACAUAUUAUUGGAAUGACACCCAGCAGACAUUUAACUACUUGAAGGGUCUGGAUAUGGGUGUUUCAUGUGCUGACAUUUUCAGUGAGCACAGCAAAGGGUUAAGUAAGGAAGUACAUGAUUACAGAAAACUGUUUUAUGGAAUUAAUGAAAUUUCUGUCAAAGUGCCUUCUGUUUUUAAACUUUUGGUUAAGGAGGUCCUCAAUCCUUUUUACAUUUUUCAGCUGUUCAGUGUUAUUUUGUGGAGUACAGAUGAAUAUUACUACUAUGCAUCCGCUAUUGUGUUCAUGUCUAUAAUAUCCAUUGUCAGUUCACUGUACACUAUUAAAAAGCAAUAUAUAAUGUUACACGACAUGGUGGCUGCUCACAGUAUUGUCAGAGUAUCAGUAUGCAGAGCCAAUGAAGAAGCUGAAGAGAUACUGUCUACUGAGCUUGUUCCUGGGGACGUUCUGGUGAUACCACCUAAUGGAACAAUCAUGCCAUGUGAUGCUGUCCUGAUCAGUGGAACCUGCAUUGUAAAUGAAAGCAUGUUAACAGGUGAGAGUGUUCCAGUUACUAAGACAAAUUUGCCAGAUCCAUCACGAGAUUCCAAGACAACUGAGAGUGAGAUUUACUGUCCAGAAGUUCACAAACGGCACACUUUGUUUUGUGGGACCAAUGUCAUCCAGACUAGAUUUUAUGCUGGUGAACCGGUCAAAGCCAUAAUUGUCCGGACAGGAUUCAGCACUUCUAAGGGAGAGCUUAUUCGUUCCAUACUGUAUCCAAAGCCAACAGACUUUAAGCUUUACAGAGAUGCAUACCUGUUCCUACUGUGUCUUGUAGCGGUGGCUGGAAUUGGAUUCAUUUAUACAGUUGUAAAUAGUGUUUUAAAUGAGGUUCCAGCCAGUAUAAUUGUUAUUGAAUCACUUGACAUCAUCACCAUAACAGUACCUCCUGCACUACCUGCCGCCAUGACUGCUGGAAUUGUAUACGCUCAGAGACGUCUAAGAAAAUUGGGAAUUUUUUGUAUUAGUCCUCAGAGGAUCAACAUUUGUGGACAGCUAAAUCUUGUCUGUUUUGACAAAACUGGUACCCUUACUGAAGAUGGGCUUGAUCUAUGGGGAAUCCAGAGGGUCGAGAAUGCACAGUUCCUUAUGCCAGAAGAGAAAGCUUUCAGUGAGAGCUUGGUAAAGUCUCAAUUUGUAGCCUGCAUGGCAACCUGCCAUUCACUCACAAAAAUUGAUGGCGUGCUUUCAGGAGAUCCGCUUGACCUAAAAAUGUUUGAAGCCAUAGGAUGGAUCCUCGAUGAAGCCACUGAAGAAGAAACAGCACUUCACAACCGGAUUAUGCCAACUGUUGUACAACCUCCAAAACAGCCAGUGACUGAGCACAAACCUGCAGCAAGUCAGGAGAUGGAACUGUUUGAACUUCCGACUAGUUAUGAGAUUGGUAUUGUCCGUCAGUUUCCAUUUUCCUCUGCUUUACAACGUAUGGCAGUAGUUGCAAGAGUCCUAGGGGAGAAACGUAUGGAUGCCUAUGUGAAAGGGGCACCAGAAGUAGUAGCAAGCCUCUGCAAGCAGGAAACAGUGCCAGGCGAUUUUGCCAGUGUUUUAGAGGAGUAUACCAAGCAGGGUUACCGGGUCAUAGCACUUGCCCACAGGAAACUGGAGAGCAAAAUUUCAUGGCAUAAAGUCCAAAACAUUAGUAGAGAUGCCAUUGAAAACAACAUGACAUUCUUGGGGUUAAUUAUUAUGCAAAACAAACUCAAAGAUGAAACCCCAGGUGUUCUGGAAGAUCUCCGCAAAGCCAAGAUCCGCAUGGUUAUGGUUACAGGAGACAACAUGCUCACUGCUAUUUCUGUUGCCCGGGACUGUGGAAUGAUUCUACCUCAUGAUAAGGUCAUUGUAGCUGAAGCCCUACCUCCCAAGGAUGGUCAGGCUGCUAAGAUCUACUGGCAUUAUGCAGACACUUUGCCAAGAAACGACUUGAAUUCAGAAAAAAUUUCUAUUAAAGUCGUUGAUGAUAAUCAGCCCUUUGAUUACCACUUUGCGAUGAAUGGCAAAUCAUUUGCUGUGAUCAUGGAGCAUUUUCAGGACUUGGUUCCAAAGCUGGUGUUACAUGGCACAGUGUUUGCAAGAAUGGCUCCUGAUCAAAAAACCCAGCUGGUUGAAGAGUUGCAGAAUGUUGACUAUUAUGUUGGCAUGUGUGGAGAUGGAGCGAACGACUGUGGAGCACUGAAGAGAGCUCACGGCGGGAUUUCGCUUUCUGAAUUAGAGGCAUCUGUGGCAUCCCCAUUCACCUCCAGGACACCAAGCAUUUCCUGUGUGCCAGACUUGAUUCGGGAAGGCCGAGCAGCUUUAAUAACUUCCUUCUGCGUAUUUAAGUUCAUGGCUCUCUACAGCAUUAUCCAAUACUUGACAGUCACUUUGCUUUAUUCUAUCCUCAGUAAUUUAGGUGACUUCCAGUUCCUGUUUAUUGACCUGGCAAUCAUUUUAGUUGUUGUCUUCACAAUGAGCUUGAAUUCUGCUUGGAAAGACCUGGUGGCACAAAGACCUCCUUCCGGGCUUAUCUCUGGGCCACUUCUUUUUUCUGUGCUAUCUCAAAUCAUAAUUUGCCUCAGCUUCCAGACACUUGCAUUCCUGUGGGUCAAAGAACAGCCCUGGUACGAGGUUUGGACACCCAGCUCCAAAAUGUCGUCCUUGAUAUGAUACUAUGGAAGCUUGUGUUCAACCGAGACAAGCAAGGAGAGUCACACCACAUGGUCACCCAUCCCCCACAGAUGGCGAAUGAUCGCUGGAUAGGGGGCAUCCUGACUUCCUUGUGCUUUUGGAGAAAGAAGACCCCCAAAGCCAAAUAUAUGCACUUGGCCCAGGAGCUUUUGGUUGAUCCAGACUGGCCACCCAAGCCUCGAACAACCACAGAAGCUAAGGCCACAACCCAAGAGAAUGGCAACUACCAAAUUAUCACUGUAACGUAGCAGAUUCUUUUUACCCAUUAGCUGCCAAAGAAGCCUGCUUUUCAUGCUUUUGCAGUCUCCUCUGGCAUUUAGUGUGGUAAGAUCUUAGAUUUCUUAGUUAGGAAGCUCUGAACAUGUUUCUCUUCAGGAGUUGAGCAUUGCUACAAGCACUGUAUGUUCAGUGUAUCAUUUGAAUGGACCUAAAUUACCAAAGAUUUCAGAAAUGAAAUUCAUUCCAAAAUAUUUGCAGCACUUGCUAAAAAAAAGACACAUGUUGUCAUUGUUGUCCCUAUUGCACCUUUUAUUUUGCUAUCCUCGCUGAAUCAUUAGAUUUGCCAUGAAUUAAAAGAAAUACACAACCAUGUGCAGUGUUCUCCAAAGAAAAUGUUGCCAACCGUGUGGCAUUAUAAAGUAGCUGCGUGUGGGCAAUGUAAUACUUUAUAUUACUAUAACAUUUUCUGCUAUUCAAAUCACAAAAUAAUUGUGUAAUUUAACAUACACUUAUUUAAUUAUAACUUGUGCAAUAAACAAUGAAAUAUUUGAAUAUGAA